AUUACAGAUACAUUAUGCCAUAAAACCGUGAUAGUCAUUACCAGAACGAUCAUCCUUCGAAGACACAUUGAAACUGCAAAAUGAAACUCGACUGCGUAAGAAAAGUCCUUUGUCGUAUUUUCAAAAAAUUAGGAAAAACAGUCGGACGGCAUCCUUAUUACUUUAUUCUUUUACCUAUAAUUCUAUCUAUAACUCUCUCUAUGUUCAUCACAACACUAACACCUAGCAAGACAUUUAAAGACAUAAUUACUCCGGAUAAAGGAAAACUUUACACCAUUAAAAAAUCCAUAGAAAAUACAUUUUCAUAUAAUUCAUCUCAGUUCUCCGAACAGAUAAGAAUGAUCGAUUUACCGAAUGCUCUUGUAUUGUAUGUAAUGAAAAAAGAUGGAGGAAAUAUGUUUGACAAAAAUAUUCUGUCAGAAGUGAAACUGAUCGAUGAAAUCACAAAAAAUAUAACAGUAGAAAGUGAAGGGAAGUUAAUUAAAUAUGCAGACGUUUGCACUUUAAUGCACAAAAAAUGCUACGAUAAUCCUAUUAUCGAGGUGAUAUCGGAAGUGGGAAUUAAUUCCAUACUUCAAAAGAGAAAGAAGCUAAAGUAUCCCGUCGAUAUAGAUUUGUUGUCUUUCAAGUUUAAAGCUUACUUUAUAAAUUUAGGGGGUGUUACCGUGGAUAAUCACAACUUCGUAGAAAAAGUAAGUGCCGUUCAGCUACUGUAUCUAACCGAUGAUAAAAAUGAAGUAAAAAACAAAUUAUUCACAAAAUGGUCGGCCCAUAUCUAUGACACCAUUCGAAGUUAUCACUUCGAAUAUACUAAAGUCGUCCCGCAUUCUCCUUUAGCAAUAGAGCAAGAAUUUCGAAAAGAAUUUGAUAAAACGAAACCCAAAAUAGGAGGUUUGGUCGCAAUUAUGAUUGUACUUUCCAUACUUCUCAACACCAGCAAUAGCUGGGUGAAGAGUAAACCUCUUCUCGGAUUAGCCAGUGUGAUUAAUGCUGGUUUGGCUGUCGUGUCAUCUUUUGGAUUGAUGGCAGCAUCGGGUGUAGAAAGUACUUACUGGAAUGUCACCAUUCCAUUUUUAGUGCUUGUGACCGAGAUAGACGAUGCUUUCGUAUUAAUAGGAUGUUGGAGGAUCAUUGAUCCCACACUUACGGUUGAGAAACGCAUGAAAGUAACAUAUUCUGAAGCAGGGGUUUCAAUUACUUUAACUUCACUCACUAAUUUCAUUUCAUACUGCAUUGGAAUGAUGGCUCCAUUUCCUUUCAUUCGAAUCUUCAGUUACUACACUGCAACUUGCAUAAUCUUCAAUUUUCUAUAUCAAAUAACGUUUUUCGGAGGAUGUUUGGCGUUGAGUGGAUAUAGAGAGGAGAGAAAUCUUCGUUUCGGAAAAUUUAUUAGAUGUGAUAAAAGUGAUCAAGAGAAUAAUAACACCGAAGAAGAAGAAUUUACUAUGGCUCUUUUUAGAGAUUCAUUAGGAAAAAUAAUUUCUAAUCCACUGGUGAAGAUAAGUAUUCUUAUAAUCUACAUCGUUAACUUAUCACUUGGAAUUUGGGGCACAUUUUACAUCCAACACGGCAUUAAGUAUGAAAAGUUAUUUGCAAAAGAUUCUGUACUUACAGAAGGAUACAGAAUUAAUUUGAAGUACUUCAAGCGUCAUUCGUAUCCCUAUCAUAUAAUAAUCAAUGAAACGUUGGAUUAUUCAGACAUUAAAGUUCAAAAAUCGUUAGAAAAUCUGUUGGAAAAAUUCCAAAUGCAUCCCAACAUUGCUGAUGGACAAUUCACUUUAUCUUGGUUGAAAUUCUACAAAGUAUUUCAGAAAAAUCCCAUAGCCAAAUUUUCAUUACAAGGUUACAAUAUGUCAAACAAACAAGAUUUCAUCGAUGGGCUUCGCAAUGUUUUCUUUAACAUCAAAGCUGCCCAGUCAUUUUCCAAUGACGUCGUCUUUAACAGCAACAAAACUGACAUCUUAUACAGUAGAUUUUUUGUUAUGGGACGAAAUGUCAAUUCAUCAGACAUAGAAAGAGACACAUUAAGAGAUUUAUUGAAAAUUGCUGACGAAUCUGACAUUCCUGUGCUGGUGCAUUGCAUUAAGUCAAAUCUAAUUGAACAAGGAAUCAUAAUUGGACAAAUGGUUUACCAAUUGUUUUGGAUUACUGCAACACUGAUAACAGCAGUCUUUUUAUUGUUUGUACCAAAUUUAUUAGUGGCAAUUAUUGUUGCAAUUUCUGUGGUUUCUUUAAUAGUAGAAACUUUAGGUUACAUGUCUUUAUGGGAUGUCAACUUGGAUAUUAUAUCAUUGAUGAGUCUGAUUCUGUGUGUGGGAUUCAGCGUGAAUUAUCCUGCUCAUAUUUCGUACGCUUAUGUCAUGUCACAACGCAAGACACCAAACGAAAAAUUAAAAGAUUCUCUGUAUCGUAUAGGCUUUCCAAUACUUCAAGGAUCUUUGACCACGGGAUUAGGAAUAUUGAUUUUAUAUUCUGAUGUAUAUUUUCUUUGCACAUUUGCGAAAAUUGUGAUUCUUGUUGCUCUGGAAACGGCUUUUCAUGCCUUAUUCUUUAUUCCUGUUAUUCUUUCUAUCAUCUACGCUAUAUCCGAUAAGACAAAAACAAUUUUUUGUUAAUCAGGAAAUCGUAAUCUUAGUGUGUUGUCAUUCUUUCGUAAUUUUCAAUUACGUGAACAUCACAAUAACUCCCGAAAGACAUCAAUUAAAUUUAUCGGAAUAUUAUUUUCUUUUAAAAUAAUGAUAAAAAAUUUUCCAUUUUCCUUUAUUCGUGUUUGCUCAAGUAGUUUUUAUAUUAUUCAUUAAUUUCUAAUGUAAUAUAAUUUAACAGUGUAAACGUGCUCUAUCCUAACAGUAAGAAAAUAACAUGGAUAUAUCUAUAUGCACCCUCUGUGUAUGUAGAUGUGUGCCCAAAGUUUAGCAACGAUGAACACAAGUUACUUUACUGUGUAUAUGUUGUCUAUUCGGACCUUUUUAUUAAUAGGACUUAUUCUACUGGUGUAGAUUCUGGGCAAAGAAAGGAUAUAACAAGUCCUAUUAAUAAACAAGGUUCAAGUAGACAAUAUACACAGAAAUGUAAAACAGUAAGGACAUUAGAUUCAUUAAUUAAUAAAUAGAACAUGUCUAAAAU